AUGCCACCGAGGAAGAAAGUUGAGGAGGAAAGGAGAUUUCUGAUGGGUCGGCUCGGGACCAAUUUAAAAAUGGGUAUUGUUGGCCUACCAAAUGUGGGUAAAAGUACCUUUUUCAAUGUGCUUACAAAAAGUCAAGCUCAAGCGGAAAAUUUCCCCUUCUGUACCAUUGACCCUAAUGAAAGUCGAGUUGCUGUUCACGAUAGUAGAUUUGAUUGGUUGGUAGAACACUACAAACCUCUCAGUCGUAUCCCAGCAUUUUUAAACGUAACUGAUAUAGCUGGACUGGUUAAAGGGGCUUCUGAAGGCCAGGGAUUAGGCAACGCCUUUCUUUCUCAUAUCAGCGCGUGUGACGCUCUUUUUCAUCUCUGCCGGGCUUUUGAUGACGAUGAUGUAACUCAUGUCGAAGGUGACGUUAAUCCAGUUAGGGAUUUAGAAAUUAUCAGCAACGAGUUGAUCAAAAAAGAUCUUCAGUAUUUGGAGGGUGCUAUCGACAAGCUGGAAAAACAGGCUAUUCGCGGAGGUGACAAAAGCAAAAAACCUGAAUAUGAAACUUUGUUAAAGAUAGGCGUGCAAAAAUGUUUGACAGAGAGUGGUAAACCAGUUCGACUAGAAACGUGGAAUGAAAAAGAAAUUGAGGCUUUAAACCAUCAUUUGCUGCUAACGGCGAAACCUGUUGUUUAUUUAAUCAAUUUAUCUGAAAAAGAUUAUAUUCGGAAGAAGAAUAAAUGGCUAAUGAAAAUUAAAAUGUGGUUAGAUGAAUUUGAUCCAAAUGCAGUUUGCAUUCCGUUUAGUGGAGUCCUAGAACUAAAACUCCUCGACUUGCCUGACGACGAACGAGAAAAUUACUUCAAAGAGAACGGCUGCACAAGUGCAUUGGAAAAAAUUGUUAAGAACGGAUACAAAGCUUUGCAAUUGGAAUAUUUUUUUACCUGUGGGAAAGAUGAAGUUAAAGCUUGGACUAUACAGAAAGGGACGAAAGCUCCGCAAGCUGCUGGUAGAAUACACACCGACUUUGAAAAGGGUUUCAUUAUGGCUGAAGUGAUGAAGGUAGAGGACCUGAUGGAACUAGGUUCAGAGAGCGCGGUUAGAGGUGCUGGAAAAUAUCGGCAGCAAGGAAGGAAUUACAUCGUCGAGGACGGAGACGUCAUCUUGUUUAAAUUCAAUGCUGGUGCUGGUCUGACGUCAAAAAAGAAAUAA